AUGUCCGAUGAGCACCCUCUUGCGCUCGAGCUCAAGAGUCUCCGGGCGUCUUUGGUACGAUUCCAGGAAGAGGCACAUGCUUCGGCGCUGAAGCUCCAGAGGCACUCCUUGGACGUGUCGCAAGUGCAACAACGCGCCGUACAGAUCGAGAGGGAGAACGAAGUGCUUAGAUCUGAGCUACAGGUGCUCCGUGCUACCCCACAUCCCGAUGCCGACCCCAGUUCAUCUUCUCCGAGUUCAUCUCCUCCUUCAACCCAGAUUCAGGAACUCACACUUUCUCUACGGCGGCUAUCGCACAAACUCACCCUUACUGAAGAGUCGCUUCUGUCGAAAACGACUGAACUCGUCACUGUGCAUGCCAAUCUCACCAAGUCGAGGGCAGCGUUGGAAGAAGCCUAUGCACUGGGUGCGAGGGUCAGAGGAAGGGAAGAGGCCGGUCUGGCCAGAGAACGGGAUGCGGAGUGGAAGGUCAGGAGGCUGGAAGAAGAGAAAAGGAUGACCGACCGCGUGCUUGGAGAGUAUGCGAGGCUUGUGAGGAGUCUGGAGGCGAAGCUCGUCAGUGCAAGGACCUCAGUUACCUCUCCAACGACACCGGACACUCCAGAGGCAUGGAAGCAGAACGGGCACGUCAGGACUUCCUCGACUUCAAGUUUAUCCGAUCCCCUCUCCUCUUCGUUCCUGGAGGCGACGUUCAACCUCAAGCAACUCACUUCCCAAUUCCAGUCCGAGCAUGAGGAGCUGCACAAGCAGGUCGAGCGUCUCCGUGCGGAGCUGGAGGUUGUCAACUCGAAGCUGGAGGGCGAGAAGAAGGGCGAGAAGACCGUGUUGGCCGAGUUCGGGCGGGCGAAGACCGAGCUGGAGAAACUGCGGAUCGAGAAUGGGAGUGCGGCGAAGAUGGUUGCACGGUACAUGCAAUUCUCCCAGUCCUCAACCAACACCCUCCUCAACACCCUCUCCUCCCUCAAGACGCGCCAUGCAGCUACUCUUGCCACGCUGUCCGAGCAGAACAACGAGCUGUCCCUCCAACGUCAAUCUCUCGAGGCGGAGAACGCGGUCUUACGUGACAGACUUGACGAGGUUGGUGCGGAACUCGCGAAGGAGGUUUAUGGCCGUCGUCGGGAGGUCGGGCUGAGGAUCAAGAUGGGUGGAAGGGAGGAAGGGAUGCGAGAGGGGCUGGGCCGGUGGGUCAGAAGAGGUGAAGAGGCCCUGAAGAGGCUGGAUACCACCCUAGAAGGAGAAGCGAGCGAGUCGGAAGAGAGGCAAGCUCUUCUGGCGAUGUCGCAAGACGCGCGUAUCUUGCUGGCGUCACUUGACGAAGGCCUGUUCGAUGCUGAGACUGCGUUGACCGCCUCAGGAGCGAAGGCACGGGGAAUCCUCCUUGAAGCAGGCUUGGACGGACUCUUGGACGAACUGAAAACAGAGAGUGAGCGGAAGGCGAGGGCGGAGCACAAUCUCGUUGAGCUGAAGGCCAUGAUGACCAAGGUUUCGGCGGUCAUAGAUGAAGCUGCAGAGAUAGCUGGACAAGAGACGGAUGACGAUGAAGACAUCGCUCGAAGCCAACGACAUGGCAGCAGAAAUUCAAUACCCACAUAUUCGGAUGAACCUCCGCGACCACCUCCUAAAGCUCUCGACUGGCUCGUUGACGCGAAGACUAAACCUGAAGAGAAGGUUGAAGAGCUGCCUGCAAUUCCUUCGGGGCUGAUCAUCGCCCUCGACACAUCCUCUUCCACCAACACCGCGAAUGACCCCUUUUCCGCGUUGGACACGACUGCAGACGUGCCACCCUCACCGACUGUUCUCCCUCACGUGUCUCCGGAGCCAGAUCCUCCAACAAAUGUCCCUCCAACCUUAAAUGACGCGCAUGUAUCCGGUUCUAACACCCCAGUCAGUCUCGACAAGUCCCAUGCUCCAACUACGACUGAGGUCGCUCAAACCACACCAGAUCCCUCUACACCUAUCCCGCCUUCUGCGGAACUUCCGCUACCCGAAGCUGCUGAGCUCGACGAGGAGCUUAAGAGCGCACCUCCUCCUGAGGUUGAAGUUGAGGUGCAAUUCGAUGCUCAAGUCAUCGUUCCGACAAUUUAUCUCAACCUAGAAGUUGCUGAGGCACUGCAGGCUACGGAUAUUGUUCGUGGAGUGGAAGUCGCAGGUGGCGAUGACCUGGAAGAGCAGGAGACAACGCCUAACAUAGAGGCCGCCGGCUCGGAUAAGGAGGAUGUACAGCAGGCGAUUGCAACGAGAACCACUUCCGUUUCGUCGACUGAGGGUUCAAAUUCGUUCGUCGAUAUUGCCAACCAAGAGGACGAGGCUCUUCGAGCUCAGACGACCACAGGCCCGACUAACAAUGCGAACACUAUUGCUUUCCCUACUGCUGCACUUGGCACCCCUGUUCCUCUUGCAUCAAUAGUUCCUACAUCGAAGGUCGAAGAUGUGGCCGUCCCUCCAUCUCUCGCGGACGAGACACUACCAGACGCCCCAACACCCUUCGCAAAUGGGCUGCCAUCAGAACUUACACCCGAGCCAGUCGUUCCUUCGACCGAUGUCGCGAUACUGGCCCCAAAUCCGCCUGAACCUGCCCAAGUGCCACUUGAAGCUCAAAGCCUUGCUACCGAGCUCAUCGAACUCGAACCCGAACCAACACUACCUCCAGCUCCGCAUCCCCUCCUUGCCGAACUCGACAAAGUCAGUAAGCGAUACGACGACCUCCAACGUGCAUUCCGCGACUGCCACCUUGCCCUGGAGGGCCUCAAAGCAUCUCUCGCCUCACCACCAUCCACCAGCAAGACACUUACACCGUCUAUCGGCAUUUCCAAGGAGAUCCUCGAUGCCGCCGUUGGCAGAUUGGAUGACUAUACCGAGGACGUUCGUGUGGAACUGGAGAUCAAGGUCGGCGAUGAGGAGCUGUUGGCCAAGGGGUACGAAGCCCUGUUGAGUGUUCCUGGGGCUUUGUCCUCUACGAAUUUCAAGAAUGCUGGCGGCGAAGAUGAUGACCCGCCAACUCAGUCAGAAGUCGAAGUUCAAAUCCAAGCUUUCGUUAGCGGGUCUGACCCAGCAAUACGCAAAGCACGAGAAACUUUCGAGAGGAAAUUGGAGGACGUGCAGCAUGAUAUCGCGCAGCUGAAGCGGGCAGUCCACGAUCCCGAAUCGCCGCUCUCUCCUCCGUUUGCACCGCCUGUCUCAGCUCCGGAUUCGUCGUUGACUUCGCCCCAGCCUACGAAGCCCGACACUGGAGGAUGGACAUCAUGGAUUCGCGGUUCGCCAUCGACGAGCCGGCCAUCCAGUCCUGCGCCGCCAACGACAUUUGGAAACAUUAUGACGAACCCAAGACUUAGACAUUCGCCUUCUCUAGGGGCUGGACAGCUCCAGGGACAGAGUAACGGACACGGGUAUGCGAACGACCAUCAGCAACAGCAAGCGCAAGGGUCAAGGUCUAGGAGAGGAAGCCUCUUCGGGCUCAACCUCGGAGGUGGAGAGAAGGAGAAAAGCACGGACCCGUUAACUUCGCUGGGUCUCCGAGUGCCGAUGCCAAGUUUCGCUUCGUUCUCCUCACUCAAUUCUGCCAACGCUGUCUCUCCACCGCCUUCCGCCUCGUCCAGCCCGUUCGGCUUCGGAAUUUUCAACUCGAUUGUCUCUCCGACCUUCAACUACGGCAACCCAGGUGCUGGUACACCCACACCCACACGGACGCGGACGGUGUCGACGAUGUAUAUGCUUGGACUGUCCAGCCCCGGGUCUGCGACGGGCCCGGGGCGGAUGUCGCGAAGUGUGAGUGGAAGCGGGCUAGGGUCGCCGUUGGGUAUGAGCAGGCAGACGUCGCUCAGUUCUCAGAGCUCGCAAAGUGUGGCGAAGAAGGGUGCUGAGAGGGAGGUGAGGAAGGUGGGCGAAGAAGUUGGGGAGGAGAUGGACGAGGAGGAAGAGGAGAGUGAAGACGAUGAUCUGGGUGUUGAGUAA